AUGAAUCCUCAGGAUCACAUGAGAAAAAUAAUAAUCCUUGGGAGGCAGAGAAGUGUGGAAGAUGGAGCCUUUUACCAAAUUGGAAGUGGCAUCCCACCAGGUGAUCUGAGGCAGCAACAAGAAAUCCUAAUGAGGAGCCAGUUCAUGACAGGACACCCACCAUUAAUGUGCCAGCAUGGAAUGCAGACAAUUCCUUCACAGUUGGAAUCUCGGUUUGUGGAAAGCCAUUUGUUACCUACAUCUGAGAUCUUGGCACCAGCUGAUCUCAGACAGAUUCAUGUGGCUUCCACUCUUGAACCUCCCACCUCACAACUUGCCAACUUCCCAAACUUAUUAUCUAGUUGCGUUUCCCAAGGACCAGGAUAUAGUUUCCUUCAAUCCGAAUCAAUGGAAGCAGUAGCCAAAAGACAAGAAUUGGUUCAGAAACAAAAUAUUGCCAGGAUGGAAAUGAGUGCCAUAUUUCAACAAAAAGAACUCGAAAAAGCUCAGCGAAAAAGUCUUCUAAAACUCAGGGGCUUUCUCCCUUAUCCUGAUGUCCCAGCUUGCUCUCCUAGUUUUCAAGAAAGUCACUACAUUCCUGAAGGCCACCUCUCCAAUGGCCUGUAUAUCCAUCAGACCACCCUCAAUGAACUUCAGAGGAACGCCACGUUAAUGGGCAGAAGCUCCUACCCACCUCUCACCAUGCUUCAAAGGGAAAGGGUCCAUCGACCAAGCAGAAGAGCUGGGAUUCGCAAAGCUUCUCGUUACCAGUUCAAUCAUGGAAAGUACCCAAUGGAGGAUAGGGACACAGAUCUGGCUUCAGUGACUCUCAGUGAAGAAAAAGACGAUAAGAAA